AUGGGUUCAUCGGAAUCUGUCUACGAGGUACAGACAUCAGGAUUCUGGUUGUCGGUGGCUGCGGAGUUCGUUGGGACGAUGCUUCUCGUCAUUUUCGGCUGUGGCUCUUGUGCGUACGAAGCUAUACCACUUGCUAUUGCCCUGUCGUUUGGACUGUCGGUUAGUACGGUCGUGUGGGCGAUAGCGCACGUAAGCGGAGGGCACAUCAAUCCAGCUGUCACCAUGGGCUUCCUUGCCACCAGAAAGAUGUCCUUCAUCAAAGCAUUCAUGUAUGUUGUGUCCCAAAUGAGUGGAGCCAUCAUAGGAGCAGUUAUCCUGAACAGUCUCUACCCGGAAUCCACAUUCAAGGGCCUCUGUACUCCGACACCGAAAACUGGGACCUCUGCAAUCGUCACCUUUACCGUUGAGUUCCUCGUUACUUUCCUGCUGGUUUUUGUGGUAUUUGCUACCUGCGAUGGGCAAAGGAAGGGAUUUGCAGGGUCUGGCCCCCUGGCGAUCGGGCUUUCCGUUACUGUUGGACACUUGAUGGGGAUGAAUUUAACUGGAGCAGGUACAAACCCUGCUCGAGUUUUUGGACCAGCUGUCAUAAGUGGCACCUUUGAUCGCCAUUGGGCUUACUGGAUAGGUCCCAUGGCGGCAGGAGCUGUGGCCGGCUUCAUUUACGAUUUCCUCUUUGCCGUCAACGCAUGCACGGAAAAGUUGAAAGCAUUCUUCACCACAGCCGACUACAAUGAUGCCGACUUUAAAAAGGUAAGUUGUGGCAUAAACAUUCCACACUCAUAA